UUAUUUUACAAAACCUUCCCUCCCUCGUCGUUGAAAUAAACAACUUCCUUCAACUGCGGCCAAAACCUUCCCUUCUUUCCGGCCACCACCUCUCCAUCGUCAUCGCCCACCAGAAACACACCUCUCUUUGAACGGGGUGUGCUUUUCAUUUCUUGACUGUCAGUCAACGAAGUCAACUAAUUUCAUAUAUGAUUCCAGAAUUAGAGCUCUCCGAGUUCCUUCAAAUCUUUUCUCCAAUCUCUCUUCAUCAUAGGGAACGUAAAUCUGAUAAAAAUCCAUGGGUUUUUUGGAGGGAAUCUGAAGGAUGUGAAAAUAAUUCAUCGUCGGCUGAUCUUGCCACUACUCCCAUGUUUCAUGAAAUGAUCAAAUCUGCACUUUCUAAUACUAAAAGUUACAGCGGCUUCUUUGUUCAGUUCUGGGCACCUGUAACAAUAGACAGCAGACGGCUACUUUCAACUUCAGAUCAACCAUUUGCCGUCAUGGAUCUUUCCAACAACUUCGCCAUGCGUAGACUACAUUCUGAGAAGUUUAAAUAUAAUAUUGAUAUGAAUAAGCUUCACAUUGAACCGGACCACAUGAUCUUAAGUGGUGGACCCGCCACUGCUUUCCUCAAUUGUCGGGCGUCUAUAGAUGAACCCCAGGGGUUUCUGUUGGAAUUUGAUGGUGAUGUUGACUUGAUAUCUGUUAUGGUUCCUAUUUGUUUGCCUUUCAAAAGCAAUUGUAUUGGUGUUCUCGAGUUUAUUUUGGGACAACUUGACUUGGCGGAGUUUCUUUUUUACACAGUUGAGGCAAUAAAGAAAGCUGGUCUGGAUGUGUUUUAUGUACAACAUCUUAUACCAUACAAGACUAUAAGUGGUCUUGAAGUUACCAAGGACAAGAUUGAAGAGGCACUAAAGUUCGUUUGUCAAUCACAUAAGUUAGCACUAGCUCAAGUUUGGAUCCCUUAUGAGGAGGAUAAAAAUAAUGUGCCUUUUUCAUAUUCUUUGGAUGACACUCAAACAAAGCGAUUGUUAGCGAUCAAAUUGACUGGUUAUCUUUAUGCUGAGGCAGAUGAACAUGAUGAUUUUGAGCCAUACUUUAGAUUUGGUGAUGUAACUUCUCUUCCAAUAGGGGGUGAAUUUCAUUUGGUGACACUUCACGAUUUUAAAUCACGGUAUUUUUCUAUGCUUCAUUCAGAUAUGCUCGUAGAUUGGGGGAAUAGGUCUUGUAUUCCUCCAACUAGUGCUCUUACAAUAUGCUUGAGGAGUAAUGACACCGCUGAUCUUAAUUACGUUUUUGAGUUCUUAUGGAAGACCAGACAAUCAAACUAUGUUAACCUUUCGGAGGCUAUACUCUUAACAUUGAAAUGGUGUUUGCCCAGAUUCAAGUUUGCUUCUGGUGCAGAACUAGGUGACGGUUUAGAUGCUAUUCUUGUUGAGAGUUCUACAGAUGAUGAAGACGAUGAAAUUGUUGAGAGUUCUACAGAUGAUGUGGACGAUGAAAUUGGUGUUUUCCAAGAAAAAAGAUCAUCACCGAUGCCGAAAGCAACAGAAAAAGGAAAGAAACCAAUGGUUGUGGACCCCAUAGUACCUUCAAAGGUGAAGUGCAAGACGACUCCAACAGAAGUAACUCUUGAAGACAUUGGGAAACAUUAUGGAAAAACCCAAAAGGAAGCUGCAAAAAUCCUAGAAAUAUCUGAAUCUACUGUGAAACGAAUCUUGAGAAAAAAUGGCGUCAAGAAUUGGCCAAGACCGACUUCUGUGAAGAGGAGGAAGGCAAAUGAUUCGUCCAUUAUUCAAAUCGACGCAAAUGAAAGAGACAAUGGGGCAAUUCAGGAGCCAUCAACCAUCAAUAUAAACCAAAAUGAGCUAACUAUAAAAGCAGGGCUAGCUGAAUCUAUGAUCAAAUUCCGUAUCCCUAUCUCGCAAGCAACCUUUGUGACUGUUCAAAAAGAAAUUGGUAGGAGGUUCAAUUUGAGUCUUGGGACUUAUCAGCUCGAGUAUCGUGAUGAAGUUGAUGAUUGGAUACUACUAAGAACUGAUGAAGAAAUGGGACAUUGUAUCGACAGUUCGAGAAAAUCAAUAUCAAAAGAAGUUCGAUUGCGUGUGGUACCAUUUACACAACCAAUGUCCGGUCCUGGUGGUUCCUUAGGAACCUUUUUUGUUUAACAAAUGUGUUUGUUUCCUUUGUUUCAGUACAACUGCCAUCUUUAGAAAAAAAAACUGAUAUAAGAACAUUAAUAUAUAAUUCCUGUUUGGUUUAUGUUUUGAAGGAUUUUACAUUAACUAUAAUUGAAAUGAGUGGUUUUAGCAAGAUGGUUUUGUCUCACAUUU